GGGGUUGUUCGCCUCUUAUCUACGAGUAAAAUUCAUUUCGGAAAAAACCUUCUCUUCGACUCUUGGCUUUCCCCCUCUCUCCAUCAGUCUCGCUCACUCACUCACCUGCAACAUUUCAGUUGAACAUACGCCUCUCCUCCCUUUUUUCCCUCUCAGAAGACAUUAUUUGGUUGAUUACAAGAGAAAAGAGGGAGCCAAAUUAAUGAAAAAGAAAAAGGAGGCUUGUACCAUUCUAGGCUGGACGGACUAUCCAAAGUUUGAUACUUGUUAUCCCUAGAUCUCUAGCCAAUCAUAAGGCUCCCGUUCUGUAAACGUUUCAAUAGUACACUUGGAUCUCGAUAUCUAUCAUUUUCUCACCAAACCUUUGCUCCAAAUUUCCAAUCUACCAUUUGAAGGUUUUUGCACUUUUUACUCCAAGGCUUUAUUGUCCUCUGAAAGGGGUUAUGCUGCUGCAGAUUGUGCUCGUUGUUGUAACUGUGAAGUGAUUGGACGGACAUAUAUAGGACAUGUCCACUGACACUGCGAAGGAAAAUGUCUCUAUUGUUGAUUCAUCUGUAUCUCAGAAGCAUGAUGUUGGGAAUAUGGAAGAACCAGAGGGUUCAAGCUGUAGAGGAAAUGAGGAUAGUGACCGUCAUAAAAACGAAGAGAAGGGGCACAAGGAUUCGGUGGACACCUCAACUGUGGUUUUAGAAGAUAAAACGUUCAAUACAAGGUACUUUAUAAUUAAGAGCUUGAAUCAUGAAAAUAUUCAACUCUCGGUUGAAAAAGGAAUUUGGGCUACCCAACUCAUGAAUGAACCAAUACUGGAAGAAGCUUUUCAUAAAUGUCGUAAAGUAGUUCUGAUAUUUAGUGUUAAUUCAAGCGGAUUCUUCCAAGGGUAUGCACAGAUGAUGUCUUCUGUUGGCCGGAGGCGGGAGAAUUUGUGGACUCAAGGAGCUGGUUCUAAUAACCCAUGGGGACGCAGUUUUAGAGUCAAAUGGUUGUGUUUAAGUGAUUUGCCCUUCCAUAAGACUAUUCAUCUCAAAAAUCCACUGAAUGAGUACAAACCUGUCAAAAUAAGCAGAGAUUGCCAGGAAUUGUCUGCCGAAAUCGGAGAAGCACUUUGUCAACUUAUUGAUAGAGAAUCUGAAGAGGAUCCGACUCUGGAUAGGGAUGCAUUUCAUUUGAGGAGGCCUGGUCUGGAGUCUGGGUAUUGUUUUCCUGAUGAGGGGUAUAUGGCCCCUCCUAUGGAUAUGACCUGGGCCACAAAAACCAUGAUUUACCCAUCAUCUUAUCUUUAUCAAUAUCAUACCGAUACAAGUGCACCUCUUGUAGCACACCAUGGAUCUGUUGGUGUAUUUCCUCCCAAAAGUCUACCUGUCACGGCAAGUAAAGGUUCACUGACUAGGCAAGCCUACCGUAAAGGAAGUAAUUUAGACUCACCAGCUGAUCAUAAAUUUUCCUCUCAAGUUGAUGGCCAGCGGAUGUCUAGUGAAACGAGUCCUAUUUGUAGUACUCUUUCUGAAGAUGAGUUUCUUGAAAUGUCUUAUGAAGAAUAUCUGGAGGUUCAUACUAGAGGCGUCAAGCAGGCCGGUAGAAAAUCACGUGGAAAAGAAGAUUCAUCAAGUAAAGAACAUGAUGACGAUGACUCUCACAGUGAACGUUGCAGUUCUCACAAAAGGUUCCGUCAUUGAUCUUCUUGUAUCUCUUUCUUUGGCGUCAAAGGAAGUUUAUUUUGCAAAAUCUUUGUGGUACUGAACUGCUAGCUUGGUGGAGCUGCUCGUUGAUAAAGAUUAUCGAAGAAUAGCAUUAUACAGGAGUUCCAUGAGUCUUGUUUCCAGAACAUAGAAUUUAAAUUAGUUGCGACUUUGUUCUGGCUGUAACAUAUUUUUGUAAACUAUUAUAGUACAUGGUUGUAGGAUUAGGAUCAACUUGUACAGGAAUUAGAGUUUGCCUAACUUUGGAAAAUAUCAUUAUUCUUCCCCCUACUAGUUUUUGUGGGGGAUAGUAGGGGUUUGGAGAUAGGAAAAGGAAUUAGAAUUUGCCAAAUUGUUGGAAUACAUCAUUGAUCAUUCAAUUGUUGAUUUAA